AUGGCCGCCACAGCUCCUUGUGCAAAUAGUCCGCGUCUCAAUCCUCAAUUCGCAAGAACUACCGCCAACGGGCGGACAUCUGAAUUAAUGACCGGUAUUCUACAGCUCAUCUGUGCAAGUCCUUUCGCCGGAUUGGACCAUGAAGAUCCAUACACUCAUCUGACUCGAUUCUACGAGCUGGCAGGUACUACAGGUGUAGCUCAAGCAGAGGAAGAAACUUUAUUCAAAAGGUUGUUCCCACAUUCCUUGCUAUCAAAGGCUAAGGACUGGUAUCUCAAUCAACCUGAAACAGUAAUGACUGAUUGGAAUACUUUGGAAGAAAAAUUCUUGGAACGGUUUUACUCUCAAAACCGAUUCUUUGAUGCUAAAACAGCAAUUGCGGUAUUCUCUCAAGGUAGUAAUGAAUCAUUGAAUGAAGCUUGGGAAAGAUUUAAAGCCAUGAUGAGAAAGUGUAAGGGGCACGGAUUUGCGGAAGUCGAUCAGAUUCACAUGUUCCGCAACGGUCUUACACCUACUAAUAAGACACUAUUGGAUGCCACAGCUGGUGGCUUAUUAAUGUCCAAGACAACUGCUGAAGCAAUAGAGAUAAUUGAGAGAAUGGCUUUGAAUGACCGACAAAGUAAUCAUGAUCGUACUGUCAGAGAUAAGAAGUCGGGGUUGUUGGAGCUAACAAAUAGAGAUGCUCUACUUGCUCAGAACAAAUUACUAACUUCACAAGUAGAGCUUUUGACACAACAAAUGUCAAAGCUUCCACAACAAAUCAAAGAGCUGAAUGGAGUUUCGAAUUCUUAUCAAGUUCCUAAGUGUGAAUUGUGCAAGGGAGAUCAUCAAACUGGACUUUGCCCACCAAUCUUGGCAGAAGAAGUGAACUAUAUGAACAACAACCAAGGACCAAGGCAGAAUCAAUACUCAAAUCCUCCGCCGUAUCAACAGAAUUAUCCUCCGAGGAAUAACAACCAAGGUCAGAAAAAUCAGGAAGCAGCAAUUAAGAAUCUGGAAACUCAAGUAGGGCAACUGGCUAAACAUAUUGCAUCUAAUCAGUCAAAUGCGACGUUCUCAGCCAACACUCAAGAGAAUCUGAAAGAGCACUGUAAAGCAGUGGUGACUAGAACUGGUCAGAAAGGCGGUGAGGAAGAAGUUGAAAUUAAUGAUACCGAGAAAGAGGACAAUAAUCGUGCUGUGGAAGAUGAGGAAAAUGAAGUCAUAGUAAGCGACAUGAAUAAAGAGCCUGAUAAAAACGAAGAGCCGCGGUGCGUGAAUACACAGUCGCGGCGCGCCCAUAACAAAACAGCCAGCAGUGCCAUUCCCAGUCAACAUCUCCCAUAUCCACAUGCACCAUCAAAAAAGGAUCAUGCUAGGCAGUAUGCAAGGUUCAUGGAAAUUUUUAAGCAACUACAAAUCAACAUUCCAUUCUCCGAAGCCAUUGAUCAAAUGCCAAAGUAUGCGAAAUUUAUGAAGGAUAUUUUGACAAAGAAGAAGAGGCCAGAAGAAGAAGAAGUUGUUGUACUUGAUGCUCAGUGCAUUGCUAUAGUCUCUCGUCUCCCUCAAAAAGAAAGAGAUCUGUGA